AUGGCCAUCACCUUGGGAGACGCUGAGAAGACCCCAGGCUACUGGAACAAAGGGGCCAGGAGGAGGCUGGAGGCAGCCCUGGCAUUGCAGCCAGCAGCACAGCGGGCCAAAAACAUCAUCCUUUUCAUGGGUGAUGGCAUGGGGCUGCCCACCAUGUCGGCAGCUCGCAUCUACAAGGGGCAGCUGGCCGGCGGCUCGGGCGAGGAGAGCGUGUUGGCCAUGGAGACCUUUCCCCACAUGGCCCUGGCCAAGACCUACACCAUCGACCGGCAGGUGCCCGACAGCGCUGGCACGGGCACUGCCUACCUCUGCGGGGUCAAGUCCAACGCGAAGACGCUGGGGCUGAGCGGGGCGGCCACCUACGGCAAAUGCCGCACUGCCUUUGGCAAUGAGGUGGACUCCAUCCUGCACCGGGCCAGGCUGGCAGGGAAGGCGGUGGGCAUCGUGACAACCACGCGGGUACAGCACGCGUCCCCCGCCGCCGCCUACGCGCACUCGGCCAGCCGCAGCUGGUACGCCGACGCCAACAUGCCCAAGGAGGCCUUGAGGGAUGGCUGCAAGGACAUUGCCUACCAGCUGGUGCACAACACAGACAUCAACGUGAUCCUGGGCGGCGGGCGGAUGUACAUGACCCCCAAGCGGACCCCAGACCCCGAGUACCCGGAGGACUCGGCUCAGAACGGCACCAGGAAGGAUGGCCUCAACUUGAUUGCCAGAUGGCUGAGUGCCAACCAGGGCGCCCGCUACGUCUGGGACAAGAAGGGCCUGGAUGCGGUCGAUGAUGCCUCCGUGAGCCACCUGAUGGGCCUGUUUGAGCCCAAGGACAUGAGGUACGAGCUGAACCGCAACGCCUCCACGGACCCCUCCAUCGUGGAGAUGACGGAGAAGGCCAUUCGCAUCCUGCGCAGGAACCCCAACGGCUUCUUCCUCUUUGUGGAAGGUGGCAGGAUCGACCACGGCCACCACAGCGGGCGGGCCAAGCUGGCGCUGACGGAGGCCGUCAUGCUGGACCGGGCGGUGGCGCGGGCAGGGGAGCUCACCUCUCCCUCCGACACCCUGACCGUGGUGACAGCCGAUCACUCCCACGUCUUCACCUUUGGGGGCAACACACUGCGUGGCACCUCCAUCUUCGGGCUUGCCCCCAAGAAAGCCAAGGACAAGCGAGCCUACACCAGCAUCCUCUAUGGCAACGGUCCUGGCUACAGCAUCCGUGACGGGGUUCGGCCGGCCGCCAGCCUCCCUGCAGCAGGUACGAAGGACAAGGACUACAGGCAACAGGCAGCCGUGCCCCUGGAGAUGGAGACUCACGGUGGGGAGGAUGUGGUGGUGCUGGCCCAGGGCCCCAUGGCCCACCUCUUCCAUGGAGUGCAGGAGCAGCACUACAUCGCCCAUGUCAUGGCCUACGCCGCCUGCCUCGAGCCCUACGCCGCUGAGCCCGGGUGCAGGGCAGCCCGCAGGGCCUCCCAGGGCACCCAGUGCUCCCCACAGCCCCUGCUUGCCCUCCUGGCCCUCUGCGUGGCUGCCCACGUGGUGGGGGGCUGA